AAAAAGAUGUACAGGAGCAGAAUCAUAUUAAAGCAGGAAAGGAGAAAACAAAAGGAAUACUUUGAAAAAAAGAAACUUAAAUCAAAAAUGAAGCUUCUGGAAGUGUCAUCUCCUAAACGUUCAGCAGUCAGUUUAGAUCUUCUUAACCUGUAUGUGGUUAACCAGAUAUCAACCAAAAAAGACAACACUGAGAACGUGAGGAAGCCAGUCCAUGUGGCUAUCACUGAAAAUGCAAAAAAACUUCCUGGGAGACACAACUUGGAACUUCCCAUGUCACCGCCACAUACACAACAUAAGCCAAACCUAGAUGAUCUCCAGAACAGGUUAGAAAAGCAAGUAUUGGACAACAGAAGGCAGCAUCUCUCAGAGAGAGUAAAAUACCAGCAUAAUGGUUUUCAGUCCUCUAACUGUACUCAGCUUCCAGAAGAAAAUUUCGACACAAACCUAAUGGGCAACAUUUGGGAACAGACCUGUGAAGAGAAGCUGCAAAACCAGCCAGGAAAUAGUUUUGAUCAAGACUCUUGGAAUACAAAACCUCCGAGCCAGUGUAUUUUUGGGAAGUCUGAUACAGUGCUUCAGGAACUGUUUGAACCAUUUCAUAGGCAAGAUCAUAUGAAUUCUGCCAGGAAAAAUCAAGUCGUAAUGACAAGUAACGAAUCAGAAAACUGUGACGGAAUAAAAGCACCAGUGUUUGAUGUUGGGAAAGAAACUGCAGAACUGAAAGCUCCCCAAGUUGGAAGUAGUUGUUCCUUUCUGGCACUGUUUGAAGAUGAGAGCCAACCAAUCCAUAAUAAGCCUUCCACAAAGCACUUCAAUCUUUUUGUUAACCAAAGCAGUACUGACAUUUUUUUCAUACAUUCUGAUGUUAAAAAUCAAACGACCGACAGAAAUUAUCCUUACAGCUCUAGAAAGGCUUAUCCUGCAAUCAAUCAAAAAAAAAGUUCUGUAGACAGGCACCUUGAAGGCAUUUUCACAGCUCCAGAACUGGUUUUCCUUAAAACUAACAAUGUCUCAAGUGCAAGCUACAAGGAGACCACUGGACUUCAUAAAACCCACCAACAGAACUUUAAUGAGGGACAGCACUACUUCAUACGCUGUGAAAAGAAAGAAAACCAUGCAAACCUUGAAAAAACUGAGACAUUUGCUUAUCACCAUGAUCAGCAGAUUAACUUAAAGGAGAAUGUGCAGAAUUAUUCAAGAAAAAAAAGUGAUGAUGAGUCUGUGAAAGAAGCAGCCUGGAGACAGAACCAGCUCUUUGGAUUUGAAGAGUUUACAACAGCACAAGGGAAAGAGUCUAAAUUUGGAGCAAGUUCAAAUCUUCAUGAGAUGGAGAGAAGUGUGGAGUCACCACUCAGCAGCCAGUCUUACAGUUACUCUCCAAGGCAGACCGAGAGCUCUUUGAGCUGUAGUCCUGACACAUGUGAAGAGGAAGACACAGCCAAAAAGGAAUAUCUGAAUGAGCAGUCCUUGAAGACACAUGAUGCCAACCUCUCAGCAAGCAGAGAGGCCCCCAAGAGCUUCCACACCAGAACUGUGCCUCUCCAGCCCAGCAGGAGUUUGACUAGAGAAGAAGAAAACAUUGUUCAGGAGAAAGGCUCUAUUUUUUGUGCCACAGAGGAGGAAAAUAAAAACCUCACUACUCCAUCUGAGGGCAGCUCAUCAUGCCGAGCCCUUAAGAGAGAGUACGUCACCCGCAGCACCAGGUGUGAUGUUUGGUCGCAGACUGAGCGCUCUGUGACAGAAGUGGAGAAGGUGGAUGUGGCCACCCAGUGUGGCACCCUGCGGGUGUGCAGCUGCGGGGGCUUCCUGCCCGCUACCCGCAGCCCUGUGGGGGUCCCUCCUCCCUGCACCGCCGGCACCGCGGGAGAAGAUGAACCAGUGCAGGAGCUGCCGCAGCCCGGGAUUGCUGCCCUUCCUUCUGAAGCUGAGUACCUGAGUUUGGCUGGCAAAAGGACUCUGGAAGUGCUGAACUACAUUGAUAAAAUGAAGGAGAGAGAGAAGCAGUGACCAGCUAGAAUGGCAUGUGGGGAACACAGAAGUUUUGUUCUGUUCUCGGUGUGUUUCAUUCACUUGCCAUAUUUUGAUUUUUCUUGCCUGGUUAGACAAAAGAUAUUUUUGCUGUUUGUUUGCUUUAAACUAUUAAUACCUAUGGAUUUCUGUCUAACUACUGCUAUCUCUAAGUGUGGGUUUCUAGAAAUAUCUAACUGUUAACACAGGAUUUUACAAUACCCUAGUAAAUAUAAGCAUUAGGAAUUAGUUUGGCUUCCUCACCAUAUAUCCAUAGGAUUCUGUAGUUUGGGAUUGACUUUCCUUCUUUUAAGGUAGUGGAAAGGUGCUGUUUCACUUCGAAACAUUUUUGAUGUGAGUCUCAGUUCAGAGCUAUUGUCUAGUUCUUACCCAUUUUAACAUACAAACUCACUUUUUCCAUGUGUUUAUACGAAAUGAAAAAAUGGGAAACAACAGGAAAUAUACAUCUGCACACAUAGAAUAGAAUGUAAUUUAAAAAGAGCUAAUUUAUUAUUUUGGAAAAAAAGGUUCACUUUUUAUUCCACAAAUCUAUUGAUUCACUCUCUUGUCUGUUAAUACUAACAAAUCUUUCAUGUGUUUCUGUAUUCUGUCUGCAAAUUGAAAAUUUGAACUACUUUCCUCUUCAUUUCAGUAUUUAUGUGAAGCUGCAAAU